AUGGCUGACCCGAGGCGCACCGUGUCCGGCAAGAGCGCGGGAGACCUACGCACCGACCCACGCACCUACGAGCAGCGAUGGCUCGACGAUUGCAACGCUGCGGGCGGGCGCAAGCGCGGCCGGCCGGGCGAGGUGGCCGACGAUGUGGCGCGGCCGACAACCCGGAGGUCGCGCGAGGGCCUCGUCCGCGAGUACGCGAUGCUACUGCUCCUCGAGCGCCGGAAUGUCCGGUUCAAGGACUUUCUCCAGCAGUGCGCCCUCGAGAACAAAAUUGCCGAUGUCGAGUUCCCGGCGGAGGAGGCCGCGGAGUCCCGGCAGGGCAAGCUGUCGCUCGUGCGGCAGUACAACGUGCUACUCGACCGGCUGGGCGGCGCAGCGAGCUCGUCCCAGGGCUCAGCCGCGCCGCCUGCCGAUGAGCCGGCGGCAGCUCCCGCGCCGGCGGCGGCAGCUCCCGCGCCUGUGGUGGUAGCUCCUGCGCCGAGUGCGGCAGCGGCAGCGGGAGGCGAGCCGAGGCCGCACUGCCAGGCGUGCAACGGCCGCCACGCCGCGGUCGAGACGGUGAGCGCGGCCGAGGCCCUCGCGAACGUCGCGGAGUACGGCCCGAACUACGUCCUGCCGCAGGCCGCGGAGUCUAAGACGGCGCGGCGGAAACGGCUGCGCGUGGACGCGGCGGCGAGGAUCGCCGGGCACGCUGUAGUCGAGACUGGCACGCACGUGGAGAUCCUGGGCGAGCAGAGGUGGUGGCCGGGCACCAUCACGGGGCGGGAGGAGGGUUCGGACGGCCGGCUCGUGCACGCGGUCGAGUACGACGGCUACCCCGACCAGGAUUUCCGAAUCAACUUAGAGGAAGAGACGUGGAGGCGGGUGACGCUCGGCGCCGGCGGCGCGGCCCCCACCAGCGGCGAGGACAGCGACGGCGAGGGCAGCGACGAGGCUGCGGACGCGCUGCCGGCCAGCGCGACCGACAGCGGCAGCGCGGUCGCCACCAGCGACAAGGGGAGCGACGUCGAGGGGGACGGCGACGAGGCUGGGGACGCGCUGCUGACCUGCGAGCCCGCUCCGACACAGCCAAGGGAGCGGCGCAGCACGAGGGCUGGCGACGAGAGCCCGGCGGCAGCCGGGAUGGCCAGCGGCGACGCCGGCGCCACGUACGCGGCACUCGGCGGGUAUGUUGGCCGGGAGGAGGCGGUCGGCGAGGCGAGCUCCGCCCCUGCGGCCCUCAACUGGCCGGUCAAAACCAGGGUGAUGUGA